CUUGGAGUUCUUGGAGUUCUAGCAGUUCUUGGAGUUCUUGCAGUUCUUGGAGUUUUUGAGUUCUUCGAAUUCUUCAAAUUCUUCGAGUUCUUGGAGUUCUUAGAGUUCUGGAAGUACUGGGAGUUCUGGAAGUUCUGGGAGUUCUGGGAGUUCUGGGAUUUAUGGGACUUAUGGGAUUUAAGAGACUUCUUGGACUUCUGGGAGUUAUGGGACAUCUGGGACUUACUGAUCUUCUUGAAUUUCAUCUGCUUCUGGGCGUACUGAGAGUUUUCAGAUUUAUUGGCAAUCUUGGACUUCUGAGAGUUUUCGAGUUUUUGGGCUACUACCAGCGCAUCAGUAUCCCAUAUGAUACCUUAGUCCUGGUGUGACAUCCAGAUGCAGCUUUAUGGCUAUAAGGGUAUAUCUUCAAUUUCCAGGGCCACUAUGAUACGUUGCGACAUAAUGUAUAAUAGUUUGAACACGUUUUACCCCUUUGCCCCUUUGUAAAAAUCCAUGUCAUUUUGCAUAUUUUCCGACCUCCCAUAAUCUAGCGUCGCUACACAAAGUCAUCGAAUUUGCUUUGCCUCCAGAAUGACUCAUCUUGGUGUCUUGGUAUACUAUUGUAGCAAAUAAAAAGCAUGCAAAAACCACUGUCAUUUAUUGAUACACGCAUUGGUUCAUACGCGCCAACUGCACGCGAGCGGUGACGAGUACGUUUGGAUGGUUAAUGUUGUGCGCACCGCGAGACGACCGGCGCCGCCGCACACUUGUGUGCGCUACGACUGGCAGUGUUCAUGCAACAGACAGCUACAGCGAAACCGCCACCAGUCUACUGCUAGCAGUCAAAUCGAGUGCAUCGAAGUUUUCCCAGAAAAUUUCCCUUCACCGUUCGGGCGGUGAAAUUGCGUUCGAAUGUGUUGCCUUUUCCGUUGCCAAAGCCCGGCAAGCGCGCUCCAGGAGCUCUCCUGACAUUACCGACCUGUCUGUGUUCCGUAUUACACACACACACACCCACAACUGGUGCUGGUGAAAGAAGCUAUGCAAAUUGUUUACCUCAAACUUUAUUGCAAAAACAAUCUGUUGUUGGAGGGGGGGGUGGCGCGUGUUUGUGUUGUGUCACUGCGCUAACGCCUUUUCUGUUGGCAGAUAACAGGCGCUUGGAGAAUACAGAGAUAGUGUGGUGCCAUCUUUGAGACAUUUGUUUUUGGUACAAAGCGUUGGACAAAUUGGCUUUAGUGGGAGUUUGCAAUUGCGACAAGUCCAAAGGUGUGCUCAGUGAGAUGUACUAACUUUUCCUAACGGCAGUGUUGUUGCGUCUUAUCUUUCCUACGGCAGUGUGUUGCAGCAAAACAAGAGUUUAGUGUUUAUGUGUGUUUGUAAAAAAAAAAAAACAAGAAGUAAAAAGCAAACGACCGAAAGUGGUAAUGUAAUUAAGGUGUGAAGAUUUUGUUCGGUCCAGUUCAGCACGCGUCGGUCAACCGGCUCCAAUACACACUUACAUCUUUCAAAACCCGGUGGCAACCGGAAUACAGAGCUAUGAACAAACCAUUCCAAACAUCGUCGCAAUAGUGUCACAGUGCGUGCGUGUGUGUGUGUGUGCAUAUGAUAGAAUGAAGAAGAAGGCGAACAUCUUCGAGCUGCCGCCGAAGUGUCCGGCGCUGGCGAACAAGAUUACCGGCAUCUUCGGCUGGCGUCACACGUACCAGGUGCACCAGCGCCAGAAGGGCAUCCCGCACGGCAACCAGUACCUGUACAAGAGCUACUCGCUCAACCUGCCCCGGAAGGUGGGCGGCAGCUGCGAGACGCUCGACAGCGGUGGAUCCUCCGGCACGCUGGAAGCGGGUGGCAGCGGCGGCGGCGCCCGAUCAGCAUCAUCGUCCACCCGGGGGCUGACGAGCGCCUACCGGCAGCAGCCGGCAGGCAGCAGUAGCAACAGCUGCUGCACUACCUUGGAACCGGGCACAGCAGCACCGUGUUGCGCAAAAAAUCCAGACUCCUGGGUCGUGGUGCACCAUCUUCAGUCACAGUCGGGUAUUCUCGAUCCGGAAGAUCACAUCAGCGACGUUGCGGACGAUCGGGAGGAAAUCAUCGCCAGCUAUGAGGAUGCAGCGGUCGGGCUGGAUCCGGGCGUACAGCAGGGUGGCGGCGAUGGGGCGAGCGGGAGCUCGGUCGGUACCGGCAGUCCGGACAUCUUCCAGACGCCGGGCGGCGGUGGCAAGGUGCCCCCGCUCGGUGGCGGCGUUGUCGUGGGCGUCGGUGGUCCUGCACCGCUGGUCGACGGUUCCGGCGGGCCCGUUGCUGUCGUCGGGGCGGGUGGCAGUGGGGCACCGGGCAGUGGCGGCAGUGCGGCCGACAGUGUCGUGGUGACGGUGGGUGGCGGCACCGAGUCCGGCCCGGGCGGUGGAGCGUCCUGUAUCGAGGUGUUUGCGAACGAGCCGGCACCGCUCGGGCUCGGGCUGCAGGUGCGGCGGGGCAGCGAACCGUCCCUGCACCAGAUCGGCGUGACCGAGCAGCGCAGCCCGCUGUACAAUGUGAACCCGAACGGCAACCACCAGAACACGAGCAAGCGCUGGUCGGCGGCACCGGUUUGCCGCAGUGACAGUGAUCCACCGCCGGAUCGGCUGCUGUCGCCCCAGCAGAACGGGGGCGGAGGCGGACCACCGUACCAUUACCAUCACAACCAUCACCACCACCACAACCCGCACCAUCACCAUCUGCUCGGCGAGGAGUGGAACGUGCCGGAGGAGGACAGUGGACAGCAGCAGCAGCAGCACCAGCAGCAACAGCAGCAGCAGCAACAACACGACAGUCUGCUGCCCCAGGCGUUCAAUCGGUCCGGCCGGCUGUCGAUGCAGUUUCUCGGCGCGGAAGCGUCAACCGGCUACCGGUGGAUGGAUGCUGCAGAGAAGGCAGCAGCGGCGGCAGCAGCAGCAACAGCAACAACGCCGUCCUCGUCAGCAACGUCGUCAGCCGCCCACAAUCAAUCGUCCCCGGCGUACGGUUACCAGACGUACCAGAACUAUGUGCAGCAGCAGCAACAGCAGCAGCAACAGAUGCAGCAUCAUUCGUUUCACUCCGGCAGCGAGUCGGUCAUGGGCAGAGGGGGCAACAGCAGCUUCAGCUCGAAAUCGCUGCCGAGGGAGUCGACGCGCAAGGAACCGCUCGGGCAGGCGAAAACAUCCGUGUACGAUUCGAUACGGGAGAAGGAUAGUGAAAUGCUACUCGUAGUGAACGAAACGGGCGGCCCGCUAGGGCUCACGGCCAUCCCGGACAUGGAGCGGGGUGGGCUGCUGGUGCAGAGCGUGGAACCGGGCAGCCGGGCCGAACGGGGCCGGGUGCGGCGGGGCGACCGGAUCCUCGAGAUCAACAACAUCAAGCUCGUCGGACUCUCGGAAAGUUCCGUGCAGGAACAUCUUAAGAAGAGCCUCGCAUCGACGGAGCUACGAUUGCGGGUGGUACGGGGCGGCAGCAGCGGGGGUGGAAGCGUCGGUGGGGGCAGCAGUGGACGCGCGGCCGGCGGUGGUGGCGGCCGGCUGCUGAAGAGUGGCAGCGGACCGCGCUACCCGCGGGACAACCGCGUCGGCCAGAUGAUGAUCGAGGCGGAGGAGAAGCCGACGUCGGCGGCGAAGGUGGCGACGGUUUCGCCGACCCGCAAAAUCCCGGGCGCACCCUCGACCGGCACCAGCCUGCAGGUCGCGAACACGCGCAAGCUCGGCAAGCGCAUCGAGAUCACGCUGACCAAGGGCGACCAUGGGCUCGGGUUUUCCGUGACCACGCGCGACAAUCCGGCCGGCGGCCACUGCCCGAUCUACAUCAAGAACAUACUGCCGAAGGGGGCCGCGGUGGAGGACGGGCGGCUGAAGCCGGGCGACCGGCUGCUCGAGGUGGAGGGUAUCCCGAUGACGGGCAAAUCGCAGACCGAGGUCGUCUCGAUACUGCGCGGCACCCCGCACGGUGCCACGCUCAAGAUCGUGGUGUCCCGGCAGCAGGAGCUGGCGGCCGAUGUGAAGGAGCGUGAAAUAGGUUUUAGCGUAGAAAGUGAACCAAAGAAUUCGCCACCGAAACCGCCACCGCCGGUGAUGCCGAAAUCGUCCCUGAAGCAGUCGAACAGCAGCAACAGCCUAGCGUACGGGGACGGUACGGACGGGAGCCGGACCGGCGUAGGCAACUGCCGCUCCCUGCCAAAGCUAGCGGGCGGACCGGGGGCGGCGGCGGCCGCCGGGUCGCCGAAAACGCCCACCGUCCAGAAGAAACCGCUCGCCUCGAUACUGAAGUCGGCCUCGACGACCCACGUGGCGGAGCUGCUGCACGAGAGCGGUGGAGGUGGUCGCGGCGGUGGCAAUGUCAGCAACGGAAGUGUCGCAUCCAACGCUAGCAGUGGUGGCGCCGGCGGCGGCAGCGAAUCGUUGGCCGGCGCUGCAUGGAAGAAUCGCGAAAUCCUGACGCUCCACAUACCGGUGCACGACACGGAGAAGGCCGGGCUGGGCGUGAGCGUGAAGGGCAAGACGGGCUCGGGCAAUGGUAGCAGCAGCAGCAGCAGCGGCACCAGCCGAACCGACGGCGAUCUCGGCAUCUUCGUGAAGAGCGUGCUGCACGGUGGGGCGGCGAGCCGCGACGGACGGCUCAAGAUGAACGAUCAGCUGCUGAGCGUGAACGGCGUGUCGCUGCUGGGGCAGUCGAAUGCCGAAGCGAUGGAUACGUUGCGUCGUGCGAUGCUGCAGUCGGGUGGCAGCUAUCCGGGGAAGAUAAUACUGAAGAUAGCGCGACGCAUUGGGCGUCCGGUGAGUACCGGCGAGCUGCUCGAAACGAUGGAGCAGCGUACGGCAGCGGCGGCUGCUGCUGCUGGUAGCAGUGGGGAAGAUCAGCAGCCGGUCGGCGGUGGCAGCUCGGGCACAACCGUGAUCUACCUUAGCUCGGACAAGCAGUCGCAACAAAGCGCGACCUCGACGGCACAGCAGCAAGCGGGAGGGCAACAGCAGCAGCAGCAGCAGAGCAGCAAGCGGUACAGCAAUCCCGUACUCGAUCGGCUAACCGGCGGCAGCUCGGCCAACAGCACUGGAACGCUGCACCAUACCGGCUCGCUGCCGCUCAGUGGCGGUAGUGGCGGUGGUAGCAAUGACACGCUAACCGGUGGCCAUUACAUCAGAAACAGCAGCGCGAACAGCAGCACCAGCACGAUGAGCAGCCAGCAGCAGCUGCAGCAGCAGCACCAUCAUUCGUCGAACAACAACCAAAGACAAUCGGGGCAGCGGUCGUACGGUGCACCGCCGAUGGGGCAGCCGUCGUCGGCAGCAGCAACCACGACGCCGCACGGUUUGCGCAACGAGAGCUACUACAUGGCGACGAAGGACCACUGGAGCACGACCUCGUCCGCGACGAGCCUGAACGGCAGCAACGUGGUGCUGAUCGAGGAGGAUCCGGAACCAACCUCACCCACCUUCCACAUCACCCGCUCGCUGGAAGGGACGGCCGGUGGGCCCAGUGCCGGUGUGCUGGGCAACGGGAACACCUCCACCCCGAACGGUGCAGACGCAACGUACGCCUCCCAGCUGUCGCUCGAAACCAACCCGCCACCGUCGGACGCGUUCAGCCGGGACGCGAUCGGGCGCCGCUCGAUGUCGGAGAAGCAUCACGCCGCGAUGGACGCGCGGGAGACGGGCACCUACCAGCGCAACAAGAAGCUGCGCGAGAAGCGCGACCGGGACAGCAAGCUGCUGAUGAGUGGGUCGGGCACGAGCGGUGCCGGCGGUUCGCUCGAGUCGAUCGAUCUGCACCACAUGGCGCGAAUGAACAGCCUGAAGCAGCAGCACCAGCAGCACCACCACCAGCACCACGGUGAGGGCAAAACGACGACGGCUGCCCUAGCGGCCCAUCUGCUGCGGGCCGAGGCGCAGGACCAGCUGGGCGAUCUUGGCCCGUCGCUCGGGAUGAAGAAAUCCUCCAGCCUGGAGUCGCUGCAGACGAUGGUGCAGGAGAUACAGAUGGCGGACGAGCCGCGUGGUCCGAACGCGCUGCGCACACCGCGUGGCCGCGGCCGGGAGGAGAUCCUACGGGCCGUGGUGGAACAACCGGCGGAAACGCAAGCGAAAAAGCACUGGCUGCUCGAGGACGGCCCAGCUGGCGGCGGCGCACCCGGCGAGUUCCCGGACGGUGGGUUCGUUUCGCGCAACAGCCCCUUCCAGUCGUCGCUGAACGAUGGGAAAGGGGGCGCGAAGCUGCGGGCGAAGAAGAGUGGCGGGCUGCUGCGCGGCAUCGGGCACAUGUUCCGGUUCGGCAAGCACCGCAAGGACGUGAUCGUGCCGACCGGUACGAUCACCUCGACCGCACCGGGCGAGCCGGCCAUCGACUACACCGGCCCGUCGACGCUGCUACCGCCAGCCCCACCACCAGCCAGUGGAGGUAUGGCGGACAGUGGUGGUGGUGGUGGUGGACAGAAGAGUAGUAGUGGUGGUGGUGGCAGCAGCAAUACCAUCUCGAAGCGAGCCGCCGCCGCACUGAACAGUAGCGGGGGCAACAGCAACAGUGCGACGUCCGCCGCCGCCGCUGCCGCCUCCCGGUACGUCGUGUACGAUCCGAGCUCGGUCGAGCGGUCCGCCUCGUCCGGUGUCGUCUACGGCCACAGCCAACCGCCCCACUAUCAGCCGCCGCCCCCACCCCCACCGGCCUCUGGUGGGCCGCCCGGCACCUCGAUACACCACACGGACGUGUUUAACCAUCGCUACUCGCACUACGUCAACUACGAGGAGCUGCAGCAGCAGAUCAGCCGACGCCAUCAUCUGUAUCACUCGCAACGCUCCGCUCGCAACACACCGCCCAUGAUGGAUAUGGGCCUUUCCGCCUCGAUCGCUCAGCAGCAGCAGCAGCAGCAACAGCAACAGCAACAGCAGCAAAAGCAUCUACACUCCUCCUCCACCCUGUCCAGUCAGCAGGGCAAAUACAAAAGCAGCCGGCCCGUCUCGAGCUACCACGACGGCGGUGGCUACGAAACGAUCUCCACCACCGGGCCACCAUCGUCGUCGUCGGUCCAUCACCGCAAGGAACCGUCCACUAGCAGCAGCGGGGGUGGAGGCGCCGGCCCGACGAACGAGGACAGCGGCACGAACGGCGGCGAGUGGCACAGCCAUCCGGGCGCGACCGGUGCGGGCGGCUCGAUACGCAACAUGCGCGGCCCGUUCGUGACGCAAGUGAAAAUUCAAAAUCAACUGUCAUACCAAUAGAUUAACACACACACACACACACUCACACACACACACACAGGAUGCGUGCAGAAGAGAGGCAUGAGAGGGGACACUGAGGAGAGAGGGUUAAGGAAGAAGAACCGAUGUGUAAUUUAACUUUAUUGUGGGGGAGCGCAGGAAAAGGAGCAGGACCGGUGAGAAGGUGUUUGAAGUCUUAGCGGCGAUUCACACGCGAGCCAGGAGCAACGAGAUCCCCCCCCCCAUCCCCUCCCGUGCUGCAUGAAAAUGGAGGCUCUGAAAUUUAAGAUCACACGCUUCAGCAUCUCACCCUUUUCUUUAGCUUUUAGAGAUUUUUAGUAACUUCUGUGUAUGGUAAUUUGAUAACAUCAUUAUGAAGGCGGUUUUUCGCCCAAGAAUCGUACGGAAAAGGCACACCGAUCAAGAGGGCCACUACCCUUAAAAUAGGUGUGGGCGGGGGGGGGGGUUAGUUGUCUGCUCCAGUGUGAAUCAACCGCAUCUCCUUACUCAUGGCAGGCGGAGGCGGAAAAUUUAAAGGCACGAUUUUUACAUGCCCAAAUCAUAUAAAGAAACGCAAACAAAAAAAAAUGUUUCCCCUUUAUCUCACUUACAAACAUUUUCUAUGUUUUAAAAUAACGUAUCGGUACUAGAUAUUUUAAUGUCGCGAAAACUUUAGGAAAUCAGCUAAGAGGGGGGAAAGCGAAAGGAGAGAAGAAAAAAACACGAACUAAAACUAGAGGCACGCGCGCAGACGGCAAAAAAAGAAAACUGUGAAACUGUGUUAUCUUUUUCCCAUCAGGCGGGAGCGGCCUAUGUUGUAAGGGGCAACCAAAACUGGCUUAACAAACACACUCGACUCGCACAGAAGAUGGUGGCAAGAAUCCGAGCUGCACUACCUAUCCCCCCCCGUGUCUAGUUUUAGGGAGACAGAGUGGGUGGGGUUUAGAGCCUUCGAAAUGUGUAAAUUUGUCCAAAUAUAUCUUCAGGCGAGUUCUUAUUUUUUUUUAGGAAGAAGAAAAGUUUAUUUGUCCCUUUUUUUUUAGCAAGGCUGUUACCUAGAAUUUAAAGAAGGAUUUAAAUUGUUUAAAUUAAGGAGCUGUUUUGAAAACCGAUUAAAAAGGCAAACUGAGACGAUCUUCGGGGGUGCACGCAUUAUUGCACUCUGUGGUAUGCGGACGGGCCAAGCACCCUUUUUGUUGUUGUUGCUGCUACGGUAAAUCCCUACGGUAUGGCUCGUGGAAGCGUCACGCUUUGGUUAGCUUUCGUUACGGCUGAAUCUUAUGUGUCUUAUUAACUAUUAAUACAUCUUCAACAUUGUUAGAUGUAGCCUUGGGUGGUAAGCUCCCCCCCCCCUCAUCACAGUGCGCGAAGAACACGACAUUGUAACACGAGUUUUGUUGGGUUUAGCAUAGAAGCAGAAGGAACUAGAAUCCAACAUUGUACUUAAUUUGUGUUCGGUAAGCAAGUUCGCAAAGGCAGAAGAGCGCGCGCACGCCUUGUUUUCUCAUUAAACGCGUAGCGCACGCAAACACUCACGAACAGUGACACACACACACACACACCCACAUAACCACAUUCUGAAAAGUGGCGCACUCCCCCUCCCUCUCUUUUUGUGUUGUCCUGUUAGUGUGUGUUUGGGUGCGUUUUUAAGGGUGCAUAUAUACUUAUACAUAUAUACAUACAUAUAAAGAAGAAUAACGCAAUCUCGGUACAUUUAUGUAGCUGUACAAAAUGUAAUUCAAACCCACACACACACACACACACCCACACACGGUACAUGUGUAAAAUGUAUAAUAUUAUCAAAAUAAAUUUGUAACAAAAAGAAUCAUCUACACUGUUUAGUCGGGUUCUUUUGUGCAUCGACAGCAGAGGGCCGUAGCGUGGUCAUCGGGUGCCCUUGGCAGAAACAUAGUCAUGCGCCCCCUUCCCCCUUCCUCUCUUAUUCCUUCUUUCAGCGACAUAUCCAGCCCCUUAUUCUCUUUCUGUUCCUUCCUGCAAACGAAUCUUAGUUUAUGCGCUUUUUCGUUGCUAAAUUCGGUCACAAUUGCAUCCAAAUCAAUUUUAUGCGGUAUUUUGUUUUCUAUUGAAAUAAGAGAGAGAGAGGUUAGUGGGACGUUCCUGCCCCAUUGAUAAUCGUAUUUUUUAAUAUUGUUUUUAAUUUAGUAAAAAGUAAAUCAGAUGACGCUACUGUAACUGGUAAUGUUAAUAAAAAUUAACGGUCGAUUCGUCGAUCGUACAGCUGGCUUUCUACAAAAGUCGACAGAGAGCACCGUAGAUGAAGGUUAGGAGAGAGAGAGAGAGAGUGAUCCCAUUGUCCCGAUCACAACGAAGGGAAUGACCUUACGCGGCUCUCUCUUCUAAGCCCGAGACAGGCUAUAGGUUUUUUAGAAUGUUGAGACGUUAUCAACAAGACUCUUUCUUCGCUAAAAUAAACAACGAUACUUAAAAAAAGGC